GCUCUGGUUUGGCAAGUCAUUUGUUGCGUGUUAGUCCCAUCCAUCACACACACACAUAUAUAUAUAUAUCAUAUAUGUAUAUAUGUAGCUGCAAGAUCUGCUGUACCCUGAUUUGGACUGCGUCCUUGUUCUACGGUCGAGCAGCGGAAAGCGUUGGGCACUAAGCCAUGGAUAUCGUGGGGCAGUUGCAGAAGCAGUUUGUUGACUUCUCGAUUUCUCUCUAUCAUGAGGGUUACUUGGAUGAUCAGUUCUUGCAGUUACAGAAACUACAAGAUGAGAGCAAUCCAGAUUUCGUCGUUGAAGUUGUUUCACUUUUCUUUGACGAUUCGGAGAAGCUCCUGAAUAAUUUGGCUGUUUCCCUCCAACAGCAGUUUGUGGAUUUUAAGCAGGUCGAUGACCAUGUUCACCAGUUCAAAGGUAGCAGCUCCAGCAUAGGUGCACAGAAAGUGAAGAAUUUGUGUGUUGAAUUCAGAAACUACUGCGUAGAGAAGAACCUCGACGAGUGUUUGAGAUGUUUGCAGCAGUUAAAGCAUGAAUAUUGUCUCGUGAAGAAUAAACUGGAAACAUUGUUCAGGCUGGAGCGACAAAUCUUGGAUGCUGGUGGGACAAUCCCCUCAAUAGCAUAAGUAUCUGGAGCUAUUAAUAUAAAAGGGUUGUUAAGGGACCUAGUUGCUGAACUAGUAAACUCUGUAAGAUGAUGUACUGAUUCCGAUCUAGAAUCCUUGUCUUGAGUCAAAUGUCUUAUCGUUUAUCGUUGUAUGCCUUCGACAUAGCUGUUUAUAAACAGUCCAGAGUUCAAUUUGUUCAUGUCUCUUCCCUCAUCUCGACAUUUGUUUUCUCAUCUGCAAUAUACCGUCGAUUUAUUGUAAUUUUACCAAGACAGCCAUCUAGAUCAUUAUAGGCAAGUGGCUGAUUAUAUAUGGCUUAUAUCAUUUGACA